GACGCUUCUCCUCCCCGGCCGUCUCUCUCCUUUCUUCUUUCUUUUAUUUCAUCAUUCUUUGAUACAUUUGUUUCUCAUCAGUAUAUCGCGCCUUUCGUUCCCCCGCUUGCGUCACUCGCGAUAUGCUCUCUGCGCUGCCUUCUCGACCGCCAUGACAAGUCGUCCUCCAUCAUGAUUGAGCCGUCGAUCCGUGUCCGCCGCGCAAUCCAUGCCAACGAUGCCACCCUCCUCCGCCGAAUCCUCAAGAGCCAUCCCUCUCUGCUCCUCAACCCAGACUCGUCACCCUCGGGCCUCUCCAAUUCCAACAUGCACCUGGCCGCUCAGCUAGGCCAUCGCGAGAUAUGCGAAGUGCUUCUAGAGCUUGGCCAUGAAGAUCCGUGCCCGGCCCUCAAUGAGAGCCAUCAGACGGCGCUGAUGCUCGCCGCGGCUGCUGGACACACCGAGGUGGUGCACCUCCUCUGCGAGCACGACAAGACGUGUAUCCUCCGUCGCGAUAUUCGAGGCCGCGAUGCUGUCAUGGAGGCUAGCCUGGGCGGCCACGACACCAUCCUCCAGCUGCUCCUCACGUACGUCCCAGGCGGACCCUACGAUGCCGUCCGGCGCUCCGACGUCGAGGGAAACACGGCGCUGCACUUUGCGAGCGGGAACGGGAACCUGCUGGUGCUGCGGACGCUGCUGGCGGCGGGCGCAGACAUGCACAAGCGCAACAUCUGGAACUGGACGCCGGCCGCCUACAGCGCGACGGUCCAGGCCGAGGUCUACCUCAAGGGUUUGGUGAAUGAGGUCGGGAAGCGGCAGCAGCAGAAGAGAGAGAUUGAGACGGCCAAGAAGGGCGCUGGACUGAGAGUCGUUGACCCCACGAGUGACGAUGAAUGA